AUGGCCAAGAUCAAGGCUCAGGAGCUUUGCAGCAAGAAAGAGGAGGAGUUGCUGAAGGACAACCUCAAAGGGGAGCUGUCGCAGCUCUGCUUCACCAAGGUGGCCAGCAGAAUUGUGUCCAAGCUGGCCAAGCUCGCCCGGGUCCUCACCAUCAUCAACCAGACCCAGACAGAAAUCCUCAGGAAGUUAUACAAGGGCAAGAAGUACAAGCCGCUGGACCUACAGCCCAAGAAGACGCGCACCGUGUGCCGCAGCCUCAACAGGCACGAGAAGAAACUGAAGACCAAGAAGCAGCUGCGGAAGAGCUGGCUGUACUCACUGCGCAAGGACGCGGUCAAGGUCUGA